AGAAAAAUCAUGUCAAAACCAGGGGAAAACCUUGCUCUGAAACCAAACAGAAAGCUUUAAAGAAAAAAAGAGUUAAGAAAUCUUUCACCUGUACUCAGUGUGGAAAGAGUUUCACACAAUCAUCAAACCUUAAGGAUCACAUGAACAUCCACACUGGAGAGAAGCAGUACGCAUGUGAUCAGUGCGGUAAAAUGUUUUUAUGGGCUUCACUUCUGAAGAAACACUUGAAAGUUCAUGCAAAGAAGAAGCCACAUUCAUGUCAUUUGUGUGGUAAGAGUUUUUUGCAUCUACAAAGUUUGAAAGUACAUCAGAGAAUACAUACUGGUGAAAGAGAGUACAUGUGCUUUGAGUGUGAAAAGACUUUUAGUUCAGAGAGCAGUUUAAAACUGCAUGAGAGGAUUCACACUGGAGAGAAACCUUACAAGUGUUCACACUGUGACAAGAGAUUCAGUCUAUCAUCAAAUCUGAAAACACAUGAGAGGAUCCACACUGGAGAAAAACCUUACAAGUGUUCCCACUGUGACAAGAGAUUCAGUCAGACAGUAAAUCUGAAAACACAUGAGAGGAUCCACACUGGAGAGAAACCUUAUAAGUGUUCACACUGUGACAAGAGAUUAAAUAAUUUAUCAAGUCUGAAAACACAUGAGAAGAUUCACACUGGAGAGAAACCUUAUAAGUGUUUAAUCUGUGACAAGAGAUUCAGUCACACAAGAGAUCUGAAAACCCAUGGGAGGAUCCACACUGGAGAGAAACCUUACAAGUGUUCACAUUGUGACAAGAGAUUCAAUAAUAUAUCAGGUCUGAAAACACAUGAGAGGAUUCACACUGGAGAGAAACCUUUUAAAUGUUCACACUGUGACAAAAGAUUCAGUCAGACAGUAAAUCUGAAAACACAUGAGAGGAUCCACACUGGAGAGAAACCAUACAAAUGUUCACACUGUGACAAGAGAUUUAAUGUGUCAUCAAGUCUGAAAACACAUGAGAUGAUCCACACUGGAGAGAAACCUUAUGAGUGUUCACACUGUGACAUGAAAUUCAGUCGUUCAGUAACUCUGAAAAAACAUGAUAGGAUCCACACUGGAGAUAAACCUUACAAGUGUUCACAAUGUGACAAGAGAUUCAGUGUGUCAUCGAGUCUGAAAACACAUGAGAGGAUCCACACUGGAGAGAAACCUUAUGAGUGUUCACACUGUGACAAGAGAUUCAGUCGUUCAGUAAGUCUGAAAAAACAUGAGAGGAUCCACACUGGAGAGAAACCUUAUACGUGUUCACAUUGUGACAAGAGAUUCAGUGUGUCAUCAAGUCUGAAAAGACAUGAGAGGAUUCACACUGGAGAGAAAUCUUAUAAGUGUUCACACUGUGACAGGAAAUUCAGUCGUUCAAUAAGUCUGAAAAAACAUGAGAGGAUCCACACUAGGGCUGCACGAUGUGUCGUUUAAGCAUAGAUAUCGUGAUGUACGAAUCCACAAUAGUCGCAUCGCAGGAUGUGCGAUGUAGGCUGUCGUAGUUGAUCCGUUCUUCAUUAACUGUAUGGGCCAGCUGCUCCCCGGCCCUUGACAAAUGUGAUUUGCGGAGAGCGAGAGAGAGAGAGAGACAGAGGGAGAGAGAGAAAGAGAAAGAGAGAGAGAGCGAGCCCCGGCUACAAGCUCACCGUUUUUAAACAACACGAGUGCUGUCUCUCUCCCUUGCGCAUAUUAAUCAAUUGACAUGAUGGUGUCGAUAUUUAAAUCAUUUAAAAUGAUAAUGUAAGUGUGGUAAGCCUAUUUUUGUUUGUAAGAAAAAAAUAGAUUAGAUUUCAUACUGCAAUAUAUAUUGCAGAAAAAUAAAAUAUUUUUUCCCAAUAUCGCGCAGCCCUAAUCCACACUGGAGAGAAACAUUAUAAGUGUUCACACUGUGACGAGAUUCAUUGUGUCAUCAAGUCUGAAAACCCAUAAGAGGAUUCACCCUGGAGAGAAAGCACAUCACUGCAAUGCACAUGGGAAGCGUUCCAUUAAGUCAUCUGUUAUACACAGUCAUACAAAAACCAACCACAGUAAGGCCCUGUACACGCGGAGACGCAUUUAGUUGUAUAUGUAAAUAUUUUGUAUGGUAUAGGCGUUUCGUCCAGACGGAUCCAGCAUUCAGGGCAGUGAAAACCCUAUUAUUUUUAAAACCAGCUCCCAGAGUGGAUAAAUCUGAAAAUGACACCUUUGGGGUUUCGUGUACUGCCAAUCCAUAUAUUUAGUGAAACAAUGAUGUCGUCACCCCAAGUCUCGACCAUAGUCAGACACCGUAACGUCAUGUAACACCAACAACAAUGGAGGACUACAUGUUUGUGCUCAUGCUGUAGAAGCUACUGAGUCUCUGAGCUUGACUAAACUUAGUAGUAGAGCUGCACAAUAUUGGGAAAAAAAACUCACAUUGUGAUAUUUUUUCUCGCUUUCAUUGAAAUGUUAUUAGAGGGCACAGGCAAUUGUCACACCGUCACACUUCGCAGGCACGCUGUAAUGGGGCAGGCAAGAUGGCGGCGCCCAUGGAGUUCCUGCCGGAUUUGUGUAAAACAGGGAUUGAUGGGAGAUACUGAUCCAAAAGCAUACCUUUUGUUAAUGAAAGUUUAAUUUCUUUCUUUAAUGUACGCUAAGCAAGUUUGUCAUUGUUGCUGUUUUCAUUUAAAAUAAAUAAAACAUUGAACCACAAAUUAA